AAUAUUAAUAAACAGAUGCAGAGAUUUAAAGACAAGAUACAAACAAAAAGCAUUAAUUCUAAAGCUACUGUGAAUGCAAGUUCGAAGCAUAACAAUGAUAAUUUUCUUAAUCUUCCGGAUGUUCCGGAUGAUGAGCCACAGCCAAAGGAAAACGAUGAAAUCACUUGUAACGAAUUACUCCAAAUUCUGAAUGAGGAGAGAAAACAUAAUAAAAAAAGAUUACUUAUAGUUGACAUAAGAAGUAAAAAAGAUUAUUUAGAAUCAACACUAGCAUUCCAAGACAGUUUGAUUAACAUUCCAAUCGAUAUAUUAGAAUUAGAUAUAGUACAAGAACAUUAUAAUUUUCUGGCACUUGAUGUUAAAAAUGUAAUAGAACAUUUUAAUGAAAAAUCUGUUCAUAUCGUUGCCUUAGUUGCUUCAAACUCUUCCUUUGGCAUUAAGAAAAAUAGUAGUUCUGUACAAUUAUUAAAAAAAUUUUUAGAGAAAUGGAAUAUAUUUCCAAAAAGAUUCGUUAUUUUAAAAGGAGGUUUUCAAGAGUGGAAAAAAUGUUGUCCAUCGAUGAUUAAACAUCGCACCGCAAAAGAAUCUGCUAUGAUAAAUGAUAUAUUGGAUAACAUAUCUGAUCGUAAAAGUUACAAUUCCAUUUCAUCUACUGAAAAGUUAUCUCCAAUAUUAUCUACUAUACACCCACCUGGUGUAAAAGUUAAGCAAUUUUUACCAUCAAAUUUUGAAGCUAGCAAGAACGACGCGAAUACGUUGAGGCUUCAUAAUGAAAAUAAUCGAGACCCAAGCAACUCGACAGAUAACUUCUCUAGCAAAUCUGAGGUCAUGGCUAAUGACUCGCGGCUUCUACGCAACAAUAACAUGAAACAGGUGAAAAUUGUACUUGAUAAAAUACCAAUGGAAUCAUGUACAAAGCUACCAUUAAAACCACCCGUCGAUCGUAGCAAUAAGCCGAAUCUUGAUCACAAAUUGUCCGAUGCAAAAGAUUUGCAAAAGAACUUUACCGAAGUGCAGCGAUCCUGUUUGCAGCAUGAGAAAAAUUAUUUUGACGGAUGGUCUCGAGAACAAAGCGACACUCUGAGAAAAUCGAGACAAGAGAAAACAAUACUAAAAGGAAGAAAAGAGCAGGCACGAAUAUAUCCAGAUUUAUCGGGUUUGCAAUUACAACGUAAGAAAGAAAUUGAGCAUCGAGAGCAAUAUAUAAAUCGCGACAAAGAAAAUAUUCAAGAACUGAGAAAAAGAGUAGAUCAAUCGAAAAUAGAACCUCCAACCUCGCAAUCUAUGGAUAUUGACGAUAAGAAGAUUUACGCUGUGCCAUUAAAGCCCGAAAAUUCGAAUAUGAACUCGGGACUUAAACGCUCGAUUUCUAGUCCUAACCUCAUGCAGGUAAAGAAGCUAAAAGCAACCCAUCAAGGGAAAAACGACCCCAAAAGGACACCUGAUUUCAGUAGAUCGUUGAAACCAAACAGAGGAUAUGAUAAUUUAAGUUCUGGUAUUUCGUUAAAGAACAGAGAACAGUGUAUGGAACCUGUUUACGCCAGUCCAGGAUCGUGUCCAGGAAUUACAGGAUUGAAAAAUCUCGGCAAUUCAUGCUACAUGAAUAGUAUUAUCCAAUGCCUCAGUAACACGGCAUAUUUGGCACAAUAUUUCAUCAACAAUUCGUACAUUAACGAUCUUAACAAAAAUACCGACAAAGGCGUUACAGGAUACGUGGCCGAGGAAGUUGCUCAGGUUAUAAAAGCAUUAUGGAGAGGGCAAUUCAAAAGCAUAUCGCCACGUGAUCUGAAGGUUGUAGUCGGGCAAUAUAAGCUACAAUUUGAAAGCUUCGAUCAACAAGAUUCUCAUGAAUUCUUAAUGUUUUUACUAGACUGGAUGCACAAUGACUUAAAACAGAAAAGUAAGGUUUCUUAUGAUCGACCAUUAUCUACUGCAGAAAAAGAAUGGGAAAAAUCCAUGGAUGGGCAAAGUUCCAAAAUUUCAGAGCUAUUUUUCGGACAAUUAAGAUCGACCAUUGAAUGCGUACAUUGUAGCAAAAAUAGUACAACGUUUGAAACUUUUAAUAGCCUGACAAUGUCCUUGCCAGGCUCAAGUAAAUGUUCUUUAGAUGAUUGUGUAAGAAAAUUCGUGAGCAGUCAGAAGGUCUCGGGUUGGAAAUGCCCAAAUUGCAAAGUACCGCGGGAAGGGAUGAAAAAAUUCGAAAUAGCAAAGCUACCACACAUCAUUGUUAUUCAUUUGAAUCGUUUCGGGGAUACAGGAGGAUGGCUCGAGAAGAAAAACACGGCCGUUGAAUUUCCACUUUGCAAUUUCACUCUGAGAACGUAUUUUUCACAAGACGAUAACCAUCUUAACAAUUCUCAAGCCUCCAACUAUAAUCUCUACGCCAUGUCAAAUCAUUAUGGAACUAUGGAUGGUGGACACUACACAGCUUAUUGCAAAAAUAAUACCCAAAAUAAGUGGUAUAAAUACGACGACCAUACAGUAACUGAAGUUCAUCAGAAUCAAGUUAAAAGUCAAAGUAAUAGCGCAUAUCUGCUUUUCUAUACAUCGGUAUCAGCUGAACCUUACUUGAAUAGUUAGUAAGGACUCAUAUUAAUGAUUAUUAAAUGCAAGAACAUUUGAGAGAAAAAUGGACUAAGUUAUCAUAUGAACAAUCAGAGAAUCCAUAAAACUCAAUGUACUUUUUU